GGUGACCUUUGCCCCCCCCCCCCCCCACGGGAGGCAGGGUCUGGGCUGGCGCCCCUUGACCCCGCCCAGGUCCGUGGUCUGAGGGCUGCUGACCUUUGACCCCGCCCAGGGGAGCCCGGCUGUGCCCGUGACCUCUGACCCACGCGCCCCUUAACCCCUUCUCUCCCCUGCAGGUGCCGUCAUGUGGCCGGAGCUGCGCGGGGCCCUCCGCCGGGCCGCCCCCCGCGCCCGGGUUGGCGGCGCCCAGGGGCCCUGGCCCGGCUGCGCAGAGGGGCCCCUGCCUCCCCCCGCGCCCCGGGGCCCGCGGGCGGCUCCACGGCACCCCCGGCCCGCGCCCUCCCGCGCCCGGCUCUUCCACGGCUCCGCGGCGCGCGGCGCCCUGACGGCCGACGACAUCCGCCGCGCCAGGGAAGCCCGGCAGAGGACGGGCGCCGCGGAGCCGGCCAGGGCGCCGCGCCAGCAGCUCAGCGAGCGAGCCCGGGAGCGGAAGGUGCCGGCCUCACGCCUCGGCCGCCUGGCCAGCUUCGGAGGGCUGGCGGUGGGGCUGGGCCUCGGGGCCCUGGCGGAGGCCGCCCGCAGCUCGCUGGCCGGGGAGCGGGAGCCCCAGGCAGCGCAGAGCGCGUCCCUGCUGGGCUCCAGCCCCCUCCUGUCGGAGGCCAACGCCGAGCGCAUCGUGGACACCCUUUGCCGGGUGCGCGGCGCCGCCCUCAAGAUCGGCCAGAUGCUCAGCCUGCAAGACAGCAGCUUCCUGAGCCCCCAGCUGCAGCGGAUCUUCGAGCGCGUGCGGCAGAGCGCCGACUUCAUGCCCCCCUGGCAGACCAGCCAGGUGCUGGCCGAGGAGCUGGGCGCCGGCUGGCGGGAGCUGGUGGCCUCCUUCGAGGAGACGCCCUUCGCGGCCGCCUCCAUCGGGCAGGUGCACCAUGGCCAGCUGCGCGACGGCACCAACGUGGCCGUCAAGGUCCAGUACCCCGGCGUGGCCCAGAGCAUCCGCAGCGACAUGGAGAACCUGCUCUCGCUGCUCAAGCUGAGCGUGGCGCUGCCGGAGGGUCUCUUCGCUGACAACACCCUGCAGGUGCUGCAGAAGGAGCUGGAGUGGGAGUGCGACUACCGGCGCGAGGCUGACUGUGCCCGGAGGUUUCGGCAGCUGCUGGCGGACGACCCGUUCUUCGAGGUGCCGCGUGUGGUGGAGUCGCUGACGGCCGCCCGGGUCCUGGCCAUGGAGUUGGCGCCCGGCGUCCCGCUAGACCAGUGCCUGGGGCUGGGCCAGGACACACGGGACGAGAUCUGCUCCCAGGUGCUGCGCCUCUGCCUGCGCGAGAUCUUUGAGUUUCGCUUCAUGCAGACGGACCCCAACUGGGCCAACUUCUUCUACGACCCGGCCCAGCACAAGGUGACGCUGCUGGAUUUCGGGGCCAGCCGCACCUUCAGCAAGGGCUUCACGGACGACUACAUUGAGGUGGUGAAAGCCGCGGCUGACGGGGACCGGGCCAAGGUGCUGCAGAAAUCCAAGGACCUCAAGUUCCUGACCGGGUUUGAGACUCAGGCCUUCGAGGAGGCGCACGUGGAGGCGGUCCUGAUCCUGGGCGAGGCCUUCUCGGCGCCGGGGCCCUUUGACUUCGGGGCGCAGCACACGACGCGCCGGCUGCAGGCGCUGGUGCCCGUGAUGCUGCGGCACCGCUUGACGCCGCCGCCUGCCGAGAGCUACGCCCUGCACCGCAAGCUGGCCGGCGCCUUCCUGGCCUGCGCCCACCUGCGCGCCCGCGUGCCCUGCCGGCCCCUCUUCGACCAGCUCUACGCCCAGUACUGGGGCCGCUCCUAGCACUGCGGGUCAGAUCCCAACCUCGUCUGGCCGUCGGGGCCUUGGUGCUUCGGUUGCUGCCCCCUUUUUCCACGGUGCCCCGGGGGGGGGGGGGCGUGGGGGCUGCUCCCCCGGCACGUGGAGUCUGGACUGUGCGGUGCGCCUCCCCUCCGCCCCCGGCUCGGGUCUGGGGGGGGUGAAUAAAGCUGCUCCCAGCUGCUCCCUC